AUGCAUGUGGGAGCAGAACAGAGUCGUGGAAAACACAGCCAGCAGGAUGGUGAUGGCCAACAGCCACAAUGGCACCAUCACCGAAGUCGGCACCAGCGGAGAGCAGAACGCCGGGCGCAAGAAGGACGCACUUACGCAUCAAGAGACUCAUUGUCGUCGAUCCGGUGGCACAAGUUCGACGACCGCAACUCGGGGGGGGAGGGACGGAAGCGGGGAGAACAGACGAGCGACCUGGUGAAUCCAGCAAUCGCCAAACUCUUGACAUUACCCCGAAGAAGAAAUGACUGGAGGGAGGCUCUCCGGGUGCUUGAUGACGUUGAGCAGCAGGCAGCAGCUCGCGGAGAGGCGUCUUCGAGGUUGUGGUGCCGACAGGGGCUCUCACGGGAUGAUGGAGAGCGGGCGCGCACGAGGGUAUACAACAUCGUCAUGGACAUCCUGUCGUCGCGAAAAAGCUCGAGGUGGCAAGAGGCGUUUUUGCUGUUGGAGACUAUGCAGGAGCGCGGGGUCACUACGGAUCUUUACACGCUCAAUUCAACGCUCAAGGCUUGCGGCUCUGCUGGGCAAGUGAAACUGCUGCUCGCCCUCUUGAGAGAGAUGCGCUCCAGCAGCCGAAGUAACGACGACAGCGGCAGCAAUGACAACCAGAGGGGCGACGGGAAUGCCGCUACCUUUCUGCUGCCGGCACCGGACGUGGUUUCCUUCAACAUCGCGAUUGGGGCCUGCGCGAGGGCGGGUGAAGCAUCGCUCGCUGUAUCCUUGUUCGACGAAAUGAGAGCGGCGGCUGUCGCAGACAGCCCAACGGCGGGUGAUGGCGUGUUGGCUGUAGGUGAGGGCACCGCGCGCCCGUCUCCGGUCCCAUCACCGGACAGGUUGAGCUACAACUCCACCCUCUCAGCCUGCGGGCGUGCGGUCACCGCCGACGAUGCGGAGUGGCUGCAGAGGGCGUUGGAUAUUUUGGAGGCGAUGAGGACCGGUGAAGAUGGUGCUCCGUCCCCGGAUAUUGUUUCGUACAAGGAGGUCGUGAAUGCAUGUGGGCGGGCCGGGCGCUGGGAUCAGGCGCUGUCCUGGGUGGAUGCUGCGGUUGACGCUGGUCUGGAGCUGACGGCCUCGGUGUUUUGCGCGAUAAUAAUUGCGUUCGGCCGGGGGCGGGAGUGGCGCCGCUCCUUGUCGGUGGUCUACGACGACAUGCCGGCCUAUGAGGUUGAUCCGGACAAAUUUUGCUACAACAUGGCUCUAAGGGCGUGCGCGGAUGCGGGCCAGGUGAAGGAGGCCCUGGACAUCCUCGACCAGGAUCUUUCCGGACAAAGGGGGGUCAACGCCUUCAGCUACAGCUCCAUUAUCGACGCGCUCGCACGACAGGUGGCCUCAACCACAACCACCCAAAUUAAUCCCUUUACUUGA